CACAGACAGAGAGCGAGAGAAAGAGGGAGACACAUAGGCCUACAUACACAGACCGAGAGACAGAGAGAGAGCAAAAAAAAGCAACACAGUGUAGCAAACAGGGAAGCAGGUAAGCGGCGCGUGGAGCAGCCGGAAGCAGCAACAGCAGCAGCAGCAGCAACAGCAGCAGCAUCGCGAUUUGGACGUAGCGCGACAACCGGGAACCCGGCUGACAUUCUUGCGGCCAGCGGGGUGGAGGAUAGGAGGAGGGGGCACCUACACGGCAACGCAUUCUCGCUGGCAGUCCGUCCCUCGCACAGUUUUUUCUCCCUCUCUCCAUCUAAACCGUCGCUUCUUCGUCGUUAAGAUGGCUGACCCAAGCAGCGACGACGGAGAGGCACCGGAGAGCGCGCGCGGCUUCGCCCGACAGGGAGCCCUUCGACAGAAGAACGUGCACGAAGUCAAGAACCACAAGUUCAUCGCGCGCUUCUUUAAGCAGCCUACCUUUUGCAGCCACUGCACAGACUUUAUAUGGGGCUUCGGAAAGCAAGGAUUUCAGUGCCAAGUGUGUUGCUUCGUGGUCCAUAAACGCUGCCAUGAGUUCGUCACCUUCUCCUGUCCGGGCGCAGACAAGGGGCCUGCGUCGGACGACCCUCGUAGUAAACACAAGUUUAAAGUGCACACCUACUCCAGUCCCACCUUCUGCGACCACUGUGGCUCUCUCCUCUAUGGCUUGCUACACCAGGGCAUGAAAUGUGACCACUGCAUGAUGAACAUCCACAAGCGGUGUGUGGCUAAUGUCCCCAGCCUGUGUGGAACAGACCACACGGAGAGGAGAGGACGCAUCUACAUCACUGCCAAGAUGGUGGAGGAAGCUCUCACUGUCACGGUCCAAGAGGCCAGGAAUCUGGUGCCCAUGGACCCCAACGGCCUGUCAGACCCCUACGUCAAGCUGAAGCUGAUCCCAGACCCCAAAAGCGAGAGCAAGCAGAAAACCAAGACCAUCAAAUGCUGCCUCAACCCAACGUGGAACGAGACCUUCAUUUUCAAGUUGAAAGAUACGGACAAAGACCGCCGGCUGUCCGUAGAGAUCUGGGACUGGGACCUGACCAGCAGAAACGACUUCAUGGGCUCCCUCUCUUUCGGCAUCUCAGAGCUCCAGAAACAAGCAGUAGAUGGAUGGUUCAAGCUCCUGGGACAGGAGGAAGGAGAAUAUUUUAAUGUCCCCGUGCAGCCAGAAGGUGAAGAGGGAAACGAGGAGCUACGCCAAAAGUUUGAGAGGGCCCGGGUGGGCCCAGGGAAGUCCAGUGGGGGGGGGGACUCCUCUUCCUCGGUGUGUAGGUACGACAGCAACGGAAACCAGGACCGCGUCAAGCUGUCUGACUUCACCUUCAUCAUGGUGCUGGGCAAGGGCAGCUUCGGGAAGGUGAUGCUAGCCGAGCGCAAGGGCGCAGAGGAGCUGUACGCCAUCAAGAUCCUGAAGAAGGACGUGGUGAUCCAGGACGACGACGUGGAGUGCACCAUGGUGGAGAAGAGGGUGCUGGCCCUGUCCGGGAAGCCACCCUUCCUCACCCAUUUGCACUCCUGCUUCCAGACCAUGGACCGGCUGUACUUUGUGAUGGAGUACAUUAACGGUGGAGACCUGAUGUACCAGAUCCAGCAGGUGGGCAAGUUCAAGGAGCCCCACGCUGUGUUCUACGCUGCCGAGAUCGCCAUCGGCCUUUUCUUCCUGCACUCCAAAGGCAUCGUCUAUCGGGACCUGAAGCUGGACAACGUCAUGCUAGACUCGGAGGGACAUAUAAAGAUUGCUGACUUCGGCAUGUGCAAGGAGAACAUGCUGGACGGGGUCACCACCAAGACCUUCUGCGGCACACCGGACUACAUCGCCCCCGAGAUCAUCGCCUACCAGCCGUACGGGAGAUCUGUGGACUGGUGGGCGUUUGGAGUGCUGCUCUACGAGAUGCUUGCAGGACAGGUCCGCCGUUUUGAUGGAGAGGACGAAGACGAGCUAUUCCAGUCCAUCAUGGAGCAAUGUGUCCUACCCAAGUCCAUGUCCAAAGAGGCCGUCGCCAUCUGCAAAGGGCUGAUGACCCAAGCACCCAGGGAAGCGUCUGGGUGUGGACCGGAGGGGGAGAGGGACAUAAAGGAGCAUGCCUUCUUCCGCUACAUCGACUGGGAGAAGCUGGAGAACAAGGAGGUCCAGCCAUUCAAACCUAAAUCGAAAUCCCGGCGUGACGUGGGCAACUUUGACAAGGAGUUCACCAAGAUGGCGGUGGAGCUGACCCCCACGGACAAGCUGUUCAUCCUGAACCUUGACCAGACGGAGUUCCAGGGGUUUCUCCUACACAACCCCGAGUUCAUCAUCCAAGUCUAACCCGCCCGCCUCCACGCCCACGCCCCCGGCCGUGACAUUACUCCCAUCCGUCUGUCUCCGAAGGUCACGUCCGGCAUAUUCCUCUUUCAAGGACACACACACACGCACACACGCACAUACACACACACACACACACACGGCUAGUCACUUAAGGCAGCCAGAGGUGAGGCAAUCGAAGGGUCCAUGUGCAUCACUGGAUCUGACAUUAAAGGGGGGUACAUGUGUCUGUGUGUGUGCGCUUCGCAAUCACAGGACCUUGUGGCCGUCAGUUCAAUAGAAGGCCAGCAAUCAGGAGCCAGAGUGACUGCGUGUGCUAUUGAUGGUGGGCAGUGUCCCUUUGAUCCUUCUGUUCGGCCGCAGUCAGAGUUGGGUCAUGAACAUUCCACGAUCGAUGCGCCACGUAUGUUUACACACGGGGUCAGGCCGGCCAUGGAGGCAAAGAAUGUUUUUGGGAAUCCGUCGUUAUUCUUUGUUAUUUUAUAACAUCCUGCCUAAUUUCAGUCAUAAAAAAUACGUAGUCUUCUAAGCAUGUUUUGUCUUCCAACUUGAUGCAAUAAAUGUUCUCCCAAAUAUCUGUUCCACAGUCUGGCACUGUGUGUUACAGUGUGUUACGUGAUGAAGGCCGAUGCGUGUCCCCGUGGUGCAGCUCUUCUAUGCAUGCCAUGCUAGCGGUUGACUCUUUAGAAUUUGCUUUUGCUGUCCUAGAUAAACCGCAGUGUCUUGAAUUUAUCGGUAAGCGGUUCAGAGUUGACACGUCGACGCUAAGAGUCAGACGUUUGAUACUCCGAAAGGCUCUCUCAAGAUGUUUGCAAUGCAAUGCAGAAUACGUUUGGCAACACUUUUGUCUGAGUAUUGAACAAAUAGAACAUCUUUAUGAUGUAUGAAAUGAAUAUAUAUAUACUUGUAUAUGUAUUAUACAAGACUGUGUAAUAACUGAAUGAUCAGUGUGUUUGUGUAAAUGUAGAUGAGAUUAGAGAUAGAGGUGGUCUUCAUGGUAAUGUACACAUCUCUGUGGUGAUUCUUUUAUUUUUUACAUUACCUUGUUUUUUUAUGAUGUGUGUGUGUGUUGUUAUUAUAUAAAUAUAUCAAUAUCGAUGGAUUGAUCGAUAUAGAUCUAGAUAUAUUGGUAUAUAAGGGACCAUUUACCGUUUAAAACAAUGUCAACAUUUUGGUGCACAGUACCAGAUUAUAGCUUUAAGCUAUUUCAGAUCUUGCAGUCCCUUUUUUCUCUUCUAAUCACCUCCCCCACCCUCUCAUAUUCCCUUCAGGUAAUUUUGGUUCCCACUUCUCCUAGUAUCGUCUCCCUUUGGCCACCACCGUAUACCCACUGAAGAUAUUUAUAUUUACUCUACUCCUGUUCUCCUCUUUAUCUCAAAGUGGCGCUUGCCCCUCUCCAUCUCUAUUCCAUGUCUCUUUUGAAACAGUGGGAGCUGCAAUGAGGUGUGGGGGGGGGGGGGGGUGUAAGAAUAUUAUAAUGAAUAAAAAAAAUAGAGGAUUUCAGUGUUAACUAUGCAAGAGGUCGAGGGGGGGAGAAUUGGAAGGAGGAGGGUGUCUCUUAGUGAAGAGGCUUAAGGGAGUGAUCUGUGAUGGUCUUCAUGUGUGUUGCAUGCAAUGUCUCUACCUCGGUGUGGGAGACAGUCUUUAUGCUACUACAAUACCUAACAUUGAAAUUAAAGAAAUUAUUUGAAUAAUG